CAGUGGGCAGCCGUUUAUGGUGCCUUGCUCAAGGGCACCUCAGUCAUGGUAUUGCUGGCCCAAGACUCAAACCCACAACCUUAGGGUUAGGAGUCAAACUCUCUAAACACUAGCCCACGACUUCCCUACAGGUAGUUGGACUCAGUAUUAAGAAACCAAACACAUUACAAAAUGAGAUCUAAAUGUCAUUGAGAUUAAUUUAAUCAUUAACUUCAUCCAAACACUGUGAUUCUAGUAACAGUACACAACUGCCUAGCCAUAAGAGUUCUGUAUGUAUAUUUCUGAUAUAACAAAAACUGAACAUGAUUACACGUACAUUUGUAGCCUAAAAUUGAAAGGCUGAAGACAUUAUAGUUUUUGUGAUUCAAAGUUCUUUGCAUUAUUUAUUCAGUAAAGCAAAUUGUUCUAAAACCCUUAAAUGUUAUUUGAAUAAUAUUCAAAGCAGCUGAGUGUGAGCCAUGGAUUUCACACUGGAUAUGCUUCAAUAAUAUUCAAGGCAAAUAUACAGUUGAAUUUUAAGAAUUUUAAUCCAUUCAUCUGGAAUUUGUUUCAUAGCGGUCAAUAUAACUGUCUGUCUUAAACUACUUCUAACAAUUUUAAUAAUAAUGUCACAGUAAAACAGUGUGUUUUAAGAAUUGCAAAAGUCAAAAUGGCUACAGGUACAUCUCAGAAUUAAUAUUUGUUAGGUGCAUAACACGUUUUCAGUAUGUGGAUUCGGCACCUUAGUAGGACAAAAAGAGACACAAAAGGAGAAUUUUACAUUCACAUUUAUUAGAGUAGUUGUCGUAUAAUACUACUUUACGAGCAGAUUAGGCAUUAAUCCAUAAACAAACAAAAAAAACAGCCUCCACAAUAAUAACUGAGUAACUGAAGUCACUACUGAUGAAGCUCUUUUACAUGUAUUACAAGAAUGUACAAUUUUAAGAUCUAAGUGGUCAUUAGUUAAAUUAAAAUUUUGUUAUUAUAUCAGACUAUAAUUUGCCUAAAGACUUUAACUAAUGAAAAACUUCCUGGCCUUUUUAUAUAGAUUCUCUGUAAAAGGACAGAUGAAAAUACAGCAUUUAGCACAAAUGAAAUUUAAGACCUGGGAUAAUGAGGGAUUAGUGGUGAAAUUGAAGUCAAUGCAAAGUUACUUACUUAGUAAAGCAAAUCUAAGAGUUUUUAGAUGGAAUUUGAAUAGUACUCAAAUGAUGCAUGAGACAUGCUUCAUUUCAGCUGGGCAGUUGCAAAAUAUACAAUGACUAUAUGCUAUGUUUUCAAGAAAUAUAUGUGUACCCCAAAUUUGCUUCAGGAAUGUACUUAUAUACUGUAUGAACCCUAAAUGCAUUUGCUUGAGACACAUUUGAUUUCACCUUCUUUGACUUAUAGUAAAAAGGUUUUGUUGAAGUCAGUCAGUGGGAGGAACCAGAACCAAACAGAUUUAACCAACCUCAAUCUCAACUCUGUGUCCUAUGGAGUAGGAGGGAACUUCAACAUUUAAAUAUGCCUGAUUCUAAUCAUGUGCUUUAACAAAAGUGGACCUGCUAACUUAGGGACAGAAAAACAAAAGCAGGAGUGAACAUUGCAAGUGAGUUUCAAAACUGCACUUCAAAAAUAAAAUUUUAGUGAUUUUUUUUUUUUUUUUUUUUUUUUUUUUGCAUAUGAAUUUUGAUAAUAUAACAUAGCAUCAAUUUUCUUCUUUCCGGUGUCAACUUUAAUAUUAAUGUCUGGUUUAUGUAAUUUUAUGUUAUAAAGAUUUGUAGAAGUGGAAAUUGUACUUUCACAGACAAAUCCAGUGGUGUCCAUAUAUUUAGUGACAAGAAACAAUGUUACUCAUUCUAUUACUGAGUAAGUAUCAAUACUAACAAACAUGCAUAUUUAAACAUAAAAUGGCAGUGAUUUUAACUCUUUUUUUUUUUCUUUUUUUCUCUAACAUGAAGUUCUAGGCAAUACCAUUUCAAGUAUGUCUGACUCAGUCAGACUGGUAAAUGGCAACAACUCUUGUUCUGGAAGACUGGAGGUUCUCUAUAACAAUCAGUGGGGAACAGUCUGUGAUAAUGGCUGGGAUCUGUUAGAUGCUACAGUGGUGUGUAGAGAGAUGGGCUGUGGGGAUGCUAUUGAGGCAAAGAGUGGUGCUUAUUUCAGACCAGGUGGUGGACAAGUAUCAAUGAGCGAUAUUGGGUGUGUUGGAAAUGAGCCUACGUUGAGCAGCUGCAGCUCUAAGAAAGCGGGAGAGUUUUACUGUGACCAUUCGAAAGAUGUUGGAGUCGUAUGUCGCUGUAAGUUGCUUGUAUUUUUCAUGAAAUAAAACCUGUUAUGUUUUUGUAUGGAAUUAAAAAUUAUUUCUGAUUCUGAUGUCUGCUCUGUGUGUACAUUAGCCCUUGUCAGAUUGGUCAAUGGCAGUCAUUCCUGUUCUGGACGAGUGGAGGUUUUCAAUAAUGGUCAGUGGGGAACAGUGUGCGAUAAUGGCUGGGAUUAUUCAGAUGCAGCAGUAAUAUGUACAGAAAUGGGCUGUGGGAAUGUUUUCGAGCAAAGGAUCGGUGGUUUUUUUGGCCAGGGAUCAGGACCAGUAUGGCUGAGUGAUGUACAAUGUUAUAACUCUGAAACGACUCUGAGACACUGUAAUUUUCAGGGAUGGGGACAAAACUCAUGUGGACAUGAGAAGGAUGCUACGGUCGCCUGCUACCGCAGAAUUAAGCUGGAAAAUGGCUUCAAUGCUUGCUCUGGAAGAGUGGAGAUUUUUAAUCGCUGGGAAAACACUAAUUGGGGAACUGUGUGUGGUGAUGACUGGGAUCUAUCAGAGGCUGCAGUGGUGUGUAGGGAGAUUGGAUGUGGGGAUGCUAUAGCAGCAAAGGGUGCUGCUUAUUUCGGGGAGGGAUUCAACUGGUAUCCAGUAUUGUUGGAUGAUGUCAACUGCAUUGGCAAUGAGCUCACACUCACUGCCUGUGACUCCAAAAAAAUAGAAGAUUUCCAGUUGCAUUACAAAGAUGCUGGUGUCAUCUGUCAAUCUCUUGUUAAGAUGGUGAAUGGCACUAACUCUUGUUCUGGACGAGUUGAAGUUUUCUUUGAUGGCCAGUGGGGAACAGUGUGUGAUGAUGGCUGGGAUCAGUCAGAUGCUGCAGUGGUGUGUAGAGAGAUGGGCUGUGGGGAUGUUAUUGAGGCAAAGAGUGGUGCUUAUUUUGGACAAGGAUCUGGACUCGUAUGGCUAAGUGAUUUACAGUGUGGCAGUUACUCUACUCUGAGAAACUGUAAUUCAAAGGGAUGGGGACAAAACAGCUGUGGACAUGAGAAGGAUGCUGGAGUCGCCUGUCAACUUAACAUCAGACUGGUGAAUGGCAUCUCCUCUUGUUCUGGACGAGUGGAGGUUUUUCGUGAUGGUCAGUGGGGAACCGUGUUUGAUGAUGGCUGGGAUCUAACAGAUGCUGCAGUGGUGUGCAGAGAGAUGGGUUGUGGAGAUGCUAUAGAGGCAAUAGGUGGUGCUUAUUUUGGACAAGGUGCAGGACAAAUAUUUAUGGGCAGUGUAAACUGUGUUGGAAAUGAGACCAUACUCAGUGCUUGUGAAUCACGUAGAACGGGAAUGUAUGACCAUUCAAAGGAUGCUGGAGUCAUCUGUGAUCCUUCUCUCAGGCUCAUUAAUGGACACAACCCUUGCUUUGGAAGAGUGGAGGUUCUUUAUAAUGGAAUAUGGGGAACAGUGUGUGAUAAUGGCUGGGAUCUAUCAGAUGCUGCAGCAGUGUGUAGAGAGAUGGGCUGUGGGGAUGUGAUAGAGGCGAAGAGUGCUGCUCAUUUCGGUCAGGGAUCAGGGCCUGUAUGGAUAAGUGAUUUACAAUGUUCUGACACUGACUCAAGACUAAGAGAUUGUAAAUCAGGAGGAUGGGGAAGAGGCACUUGUGGACAUGAGAAAGAUGCAGGAGUCAUCUGUAAGGAUAACGUUAGGCUGGUCAGCAGCACCAACUCCUGUUAUGGACGAGUGGAGGUUCUUCGUGCCGGUCAGUGGGGAACAGUGUGUGAUGAUGGAUGGGAUGCAUCAGAUGCUGCAGUGGUGUGUAGACAACUGGGCUGUGGAACAGUUUUGGAAGUAAAGAAUGCGGCUUAUUUUGGAAAGGGUUCAGGAACAGUUUGGAUGAAUAAUGUAAACUGUUUUGGGAAUGAGACUACAUUGAUGAGCUGUUCAUAUAAUGCAACUCCAAACAGAUGUGACCAUGAGAAAGAUGCCGGAGUCAUUUGUGGAUCUGUUAAAGUCCUGUUGAGGGUUGAAGUGAAGACUACCCUGGGAGUUGACCCAAACACUGCUGGAAUCAUAAACAAACUUUCAGAAGAGAUUGGGAAGAAGCUACAAAUAAAUGGGACUUUCUCACUGAAAACUCAGAACGAUGGAAAUAUCUUCCAUAAGAGAAUAGGAGCUGCACCCUGAUAUAUUGGUCAUUUCUGGAAUACAGAGAAGAAAAACUAGCUAACACUAUCUAAUAGGACAUUGAUUGUUUCAUCCUUCUUUCAGUCUGACCUUUGUAAAUGAAAUUAAUAAUUAUCUUACAUAUUUUUCCACAUGACAAUGCUUUAUAUAACAUCAUGUUUUUUAUCUAAUGACAAUGAAAGCGUAAUGUUUGUGUUUAGAUAAGUGUUUUGAUACUGAUAAAAUAUCUUUGUGUCACAUCCUAACUUGCUAAAUUUAAAUUUAAUAUAUUUUGUAAUCAAUGUAAUAGCCAAUAUUGUACUUAUAUUUUCAAUAUAAACCUG